CCCGGAAGUGGAGGGUUUGCCUGGAAAGAGCCGCUGGGUCUCGGUGCCCGGAGGCAGAAACGUUCGCGGAGCUCGCCCGUCGCUCCCGACUGCCAUGUCGGCCUUCGACACCAACCCCUUCGCGGACCCAAUGGAUGUAAACCCCUUCCAGGAUCCCUCUGUGACCCAGCUGACCAGUGCCCCACAAGGUGGCCUAGCUGAAUUUAACCCCUUCUCAGAGACAAAUGCAGCAACAACAGUUCCUGUCACCCAGCUCCCUGGGCCCUCGCAGCCAGCAGUUCUCCAGCCCUCAGUGGAACCAACCCAGCCAACCCCCCAGCUCCUGCUUAGACAGGCCAGCAAAUUCCUGCCUACCAGAUUCCUGGCAGUGAGCAAGCUCUCAGAGAGGCAGAUGCUACUAGGAGGAGAUAGUAUUCUCAGAGACAGCUACAUGAAAAAGCUUCCGAAGGCUGUGGCCUCUGCAGCCCAGGCAAGCCUGCUCCGGCAACAGGAAGAACUGGACAGGAAAGCAGCCGAGCUAGAACGCAAGGAACGAGAGCUACAGAACACUGUGGCCAACUUACAUGUGAGAGAGAACAAUUGGCCGCCCUUGCCCUUGUGGUGCCCUGUCAAGCCCUGCUUCUAUCAGGACUUCUCCACAGAGAUCCCUGCUGACUAUCAGCGGAUAUGCAAGAUGCUCUACUAUCUCUGGAUGUUGCAUUCAGUGACUCUGUUUCUGAAUCUGCUUGCCUGCCUGGCCUGGUUCUUAGUCGAUAGCAGCAAGGGCGUGGACUUUGGCCUCUCAAUCCUGUGGUUUGUGAUCUUCACCCCCUGUGCCUUCCUUUGUUGGUACCGACCCAUCUAUAAGGCCUUCAGGUCUGACAACUCUUUCAGCUUCUUCGUGUUCUUCUUUGUAUUUUUUUGUCAAAUAGGGAUCUAUGUCAUCCAGUUGGUCGGCAUCCCUAGCCUGGGGGACAGUGGUUGGAUUGCAGCCCUGUCUACAUUGCACCAAGACUUGGCUGUGUCCAUCAUCAUGAUGGUUGUGGCUGGCUUCUUCACCCUCUGUGCCCUGCUCUCACUCUUCCUUCUAAAGCGGGUGCACUCCCUGUACCGUCGGACGGGGGCCAGCUUCCAGCAGGCCCAAGAGGAGUUUUCCCAGGGCAUCUUCAGCAAUAGGACCUUCCGCAGCGCUGCCUCAUCUGCUGCCCAAGGAGCCUUCCAGGGGAAUUAGUCUUCCUGACUCUCCUCCCUCUGCCCCAUCCUUUUCUCUUGCCUGCCUUCUGAGCUGCACUUUCUGUGGGUGCCUUAAGCAGUGCUAUGGCCAGCACAGACCUGGGGAGGGCCUUGCCAUGGCUUUUCUUCCUUCCUUAGCAACCAGCACUCCCUUCCACCCAAGGGAAGGGGAGGGAGGGACAGGGUCUUUUUUACACAAGAGAAAAGAAAAAAAAAGUUUUUUCUUCUCUGGUGGUGGUUUGGUAGGAUUCUUUUGUCUCUGGAAGCAGUGGACUGAAGUUCUCUUUCCUCUACACACACGUACACACUUGGGAUCACCGGCUGACCUGCGUCCUGGAGUUGUAUUUCUGCCAGCGUCCUGAGCCUCCCACUACUCCCCCAGCAUCCUGGCCUGAAUCUGGCUGCACAGACCCAGCUUGUGGCUUCCAUAAUCCUAUCCUCCCUUCCUGUUGGGCUGGGAUGACCUCCCAAGGGCUCUCCUUUAAAUGACUUCAGUCUGGGCUGGUGGACAGCUCUGUUCCCUCGAUUACUCUGGACAGGUAUUUGGGCUUCCAGAGCCCCUGGCCUGGUUCCUCAGCCACUGCCCUGCCUCAUGUUUCUCACAAACAGAUUCAUAGCCUUAUCGGCCCCCUGCACCUUCCUGGUGUGGGCAGCACCCUAUGCAAUCUGGGGUCCUCUCUGAGCCCUUCCUUUAGACUUACUGAAUGUGCAUUGGGGAUGGGAAGGGACAGAGACCAACCCUGAGUUGGCCUGCCCAACCUUUAACAGUCUUCGAGUGGGGUGGGGGAGGGGUGCGUGUGUGACUGUCCUGGUGUGGGUUGUUUGUCCCUGUUUGUUUUGAUUUCCUCUUCUGGGGGACAACUGCAUUCUGCCUUGGCCUCACAUCUUACUCUGUCCCCACAUCAUCAAUAUCUAGGUUAUAUGACUUUUAGAAAGGGCAGGGCAAAUCAGUCCAGAAUUGCAUCCUUCAGGCUGGACUGAUGAGCCAGGGUUCCAGACUCAUCCUCCAGAGUUCUCCCAUACCCUGAGUAGGAGUAUAGUCUAUGUCACUUUCCACUGGCCCUGGGGAUUCCCCAGGAGGUGUGUCACUAUGAUGAGCACCUAGGAGUCCACCAUUAACACCUGCACCCUAUCCUCCAGAGGCUGUAGGAAUAGGUGUGUGGACUGAGGGGAUGUCUCAAAAAGCUGACCAACCCAGAGGCAGCCCUCAGGCUACCAGCCCACUCCACUCCAGAGCCACUGAAUGAUAAGUUAAUGGCAGCAACCAAGGUUUUGUAAAUUCCUUUUUUCUCCAUAUACAAAUGUAUAUGUUAUGUUUCAGUUUUGUGCUUAAAUAAAAACAUUUUCA